UCCACGCCUUUUGACAGACACCACGCACCUACUCCAGCCGCCUUCGAUUGGUUAUUUUUUCCGGUAUAAAAAGAAUGUUGUAGUAGUUCGAUUCUAAUACGUCAUCCAGGGAAUCAACAAUUUGGUUCUGUGAACUUUCGAAAUGUAGCUUUUGAAUACUGGAUGAGUAUUUUUAAUUCAAGAUGUGCGAUCCCCAAGAGAGCAGAAAUUCGUUUUCCCGCCUCCUGGUUGAUAUCAUUACCAAGAAUGCCUUGCAGGAAAGUGAAAAGCCCCACAUUAACACCGUGUUCUCACCGGCGUCCGUCCAAAGUUGUCUUACUCUGGCUUUUAUAGGAUCCUCCGGAUCGACGGCCGAGGAGCUGAGGAAUGGACUGCACCUUGGUCCAGGGGAUCGCCAUCACAUAGCUCGAACGUUUGGGGAGUUCUGGCGGACGAACUGCAACUACGGUGACAGAGGACCCAUUCUAAAGUCCGUGAACCGCUUGUACGUUAACGAUGCCUUGGAACUGCACCCGGAAUUCAAUGAGAUUGCCGGAGACUUCUUUCAAUCGAAGGCUGAGACGGCAAAGUUCGCCGAUUCGGAGGGUGCCACGCAACAGAUCAACGACUGGGUGGAACAGGAGACGGAGCACAAGAUCAGCAAUCUGCUUCAGUCGGACGCCGUAAAUGACGAAACGAGCGCCGUCAUUAUCAACGCCUUGUACUUCAAGGGAAAAUGGCUGAAACCUUUUAUGCCAGAGGCCACAUCACUGGACAUGUUCCACAUGGACCAGGACUCUCAUGUUGGGGUAAACAUGAUGUACCAGGAGGACAAGUUUCGGUUCGCCGAUCUUCCCCAGCUGAAGGCUCGGGCUGUGCAGCUCCCCUAUGAAUACUCGAACAUCCACAUGCUUAUCCUUCUACCCAAUGAAAUCUCCGGACUGAAAGAUUUGGAGUUGCAACUCAAGGACGUGGACCUAGCCGAUAUCGACGCAGCUAUGACCUUAGAGGAUGUGGAGAUUUUCCUGCCCAGGAUGAGCAUAGAGUACGACGUGGACCUCAAAAAUAUACUACAUCAGCUGGGAAUUGCUGAAGUCUUCAGCGACAAGGCCAGACUAGACGGACUCUUUACCUCGCGAACUGGCCAAAAGAUCUCGGCGGCAAGGCACCGCGGCUACAUCGACGUUAACGAGGCUGGAUCAGAGGCAGCAGCCGUCUCUUUCAUGAAGAUCGUACCCAUGAUGCUGAACUUGAACACAAAGCUCUUCAAGGUGGAUCACCCGUUCGUUUUCUACAUACGCAGCCCACAGGCUGUCUUCUUCGCCGGACGAUUCUCGAACCCAAAGUCUGGAGAAGAGGAGGAGGGCGCAUCGAGGAACGGUUCCAAUGCUAGCAUGUACAAUGUCCAAGAACGGCAGUGAGACCAAAUAAAACUCAGCUAGGAAAUCCCAACCGCAA